AUGACGUACGAUAACUUGACACUCGGGAGUUACGAUUUCCUGGCAGUAGAGACGUACGACAACAUGGAUCCAACGAUGUUCGAUAACGCGCUGAGCUCGGGCAAUGUGUCGGCAGUGCAGGCGAUGAUAGCAGGCGACGACAGCCUGCUGCAGUCCUGGCACUACCUCGGCCUGCCCUGCCUGCACCUCGCCUGCCACUCGGGCAGCCUGCCUCUCCUGCAGCUCCUGCUGGCACAUGGCGUCAAGGUUAACCAGUUCGACCGAUGGGGGCGCCUCGCCCUACACGUCGUCACCGCUGACGGCUGGCUGGACGGUGCCCGUCUGCUGCUGGAACAUGGAGCGUCAGUGAACGCGAUGCUGCCCAACAACGAUGCCAUCAAGGGGGUGCUUAGAGAAUCCCCCCUGCAUUUCGCCAUCCGCACUGGGGAAGUUGCUAUAGCUCUCCUCCUGUUGGGAUUAACUGACGCAUCCUCAGGAGGAUCAACAAAUCCUGCCCACGAAUCCUCCGGAAGUCCCUUAAUCCUACCGGGAGAUCCACUUGGUGUCCUCGGGCAACCGCUGGCUACUCCUGGAAAUAAAAUUUCUAAUGGAAAGCUAAUGAAUUCAUUGCUGAGUAGGAUUGCACAUCCAAACUUUUCCAAGCCCGUAUCAAAGUCUGGUUCUGUUGAUCCAGCAAAGUCAGACCACACUCCGCGAUCGGCGAAACACACGAUCAUGUCGGCGUUUAAACACCCAUCAAGUAGUAGCGAUGGUGUUGGUAGUGGUGUUAGUAGUGGUAGUGGUGGUGUCCAUCAAGUAAUGCAUCAAAUGGACCCACUAGUGAACCAUGCUGAUGAUUCAGAUUCAGUAGGGAAUGUCUGGCGGAAUGUUGUGGCGAAACCCUCUAACUCAGUUUCGUCAGACAAAGAAGAGGGACGUCCUCUUUUGUCUAAAGAGCCACAUGUGCCCGAAAGUGACAAUUUUGCAGUUGUUUGCGACAAUGUAUCUCCCACUAAACCAAAUUUGCUUCUUAAAGACGGUAUGGGUCGCAAUGUGUUGCAUCUCGCCGCUGUUUCUAAGUCCACCAUCAUACUACAGGCCAUCUUAUCGUUCACAAAAGAAUGUGAGAUUCUCGCACAUGAGGUUGAUUCAAAGAACAAUACCGUCUACCACUCAGUAUUUUCUGGCAUCAAGCCACACAUCCACGAGACAGACGUGAUAUCUUGCUUACACCUUCUGGAGCCUCUCAACGUCGACAUAAACUCUACGAAUGCCAGGGGAGAAACUCCCCUCUUCAUGGCCACGAGAAAACGGUUACCGGACUCCGUUCUACACCUUCUCAGCAAAGGGGCAGAUCCUACCAUCGGUAGCAACCAGAAAUGGAAUGUAGUACACGCGGCGUGUAGUGCUGAUAGUCCGAAGUGUCUACAACUCUUGCUGGAUACCCACCGCCUCGAAUCGUGUAUCUUUUCUGAAACUGACGAUGGUCACGUACCUUUUUACUUUGCAACUUGCAGCUACUCCUUGGAGUGUCUCAAGAUACUCCUCAGAAACGGCGACCAUCUCACUAACGUCGACUCGAAAGGGAAAUCCCGAUGUUCGAUGCUGCUUGAAAACAUCCCUUCUGCUAACAAAUUUCUCGUUGAAAUCUUCGACGAAAAAAUCACUGGGAGCGAACAAAGGCCUCUUGAGGCUGAAUUUUCCCUAACUUUCGACUACUCUUUGUUGCUAUCCCAACGCGGGAACGUUCAAUGCUCUGUGGUGUCAGAACUCACUGCUUCAGAGUCGGAAAACAUUCUCACUCACCCUUUGAUCGAGAGUUUCUUAUUUCUGAAGUGGAACAGAAUUAAACCUUUCUUCUUCUGCAAUUUCGUGGUCUACAUCCUGUUCCUUGUCCUUCACACUUUCUACAUCGUGAGGACUUUCGGCCGUUCCGCAACCAACUGGUUCGACGCCAUACCUGUGCUGAACACGUUUCGGUGCUUCUACAUCAUCGUGUUUAUGUUGAUCUUGAUACCAGACAUGAUCAUCAUGUUGGUUAACGUUCGGAAAUACAUACAGCAAUGGGAAACUUAUGCUAAGAUUGUAACCUUGUCGACAUCAGCGUUUGUUGUCUUCACUAACAGCGUUGAACAGCCCGGGGACAUGAGAACGAUGAUGGUCGAACGUCACGUCGCCGCCGUGUCCAUCUUCUUCGCUUGGGUGGAAUUCAUGAUGCUUUUAGGAAGGUUCCCAGUCCUUGGCCUCUAUAUUCUGAUGUUCACCAAGGUGGCUAAGUCCAUCAUAAAGUUUUUAUUGGCAUUUUCAAGCCUCCUGAUAGGCUUUGCAUUAGCUUUUGGAAUAAUUUUUACGAACGACGACGCGUUUCAAAAUUUCCCCGUAAGUUUAGUAAAGACUUUAAUGAUGAUGAUAGGGGAGAUAGAAUAUUCAGGGAUCAUUGAAGCGAGCGGCAUGGACAUGCCGGUUUUGGGGUACAUCUUCUUGGUGGCAUUCUUGUUCCUUGUGCCCAUUUUGAUGGCCAACCUUCUUAUCGGUUUGGCUGUUAGUGAUUUGCCCGAUUUGAGCCGGCAAGGUUCCAUCAAACAUCUUUCCAAACUAGCCGCGUACCUAACUGCCUAUGAACUGCUUAUGGUUUUGUUUAAAGAAAUGCGCUGCUUCCCGCGGGUGGUCAGGGAAGUUUUUGCAGGUCGUUGUCGAAUAAAAAAACUUGUUACUUUCUAUCCGAAUAAACGCACUUCGUCUCACAGAAAGUUCUUGAAAAGGUGGAUCGAGUCUUUGCCAACGGGAACCUUGGAUGUCGCCACUUCCAUCGUCGAGAAAAGACGUGUAUCGAUAGUAGGAGGGCUCUUGGAUCAUGAGGAUCUUGAAGGACAUGGAACCUUAACCAGAGACGGAAUUUUACCGCACAUGAAUCCCCUGAUGCCGACUGCAGCAGAUCCACUUUUAGGAAGUACUGUAAACGAUGUCACCUCCGCCAGAAGAAACUCGCCUAUACCCCGGAAUCCUUCCGAUUUGUUGACCCGUAGCCUGAGUACCGUGAGUCGUCACACGACGACAUCACACGACGUUACCACUAACCAACCAGUGAUGCAGUACUUGGCUGCGUUUGAGGAACAGUACCAGAAAGAUGUACAAGGGUUGAAGCAGUUCAUCAGGAGUAGUCUUGCUUGUGCCUUAUCAAACCCUGCCAACAUCAGAUACUAUUCCGAAACCCAAAAUGAAGUACCUUCGGAUAACCCAAAAGAAUCUGAAGAUAGGAACCAACAACCAAAAACGAGUAAACGGUCGUUUUUACGUAUACCGAGACGAGACAGACCAUCUACGAACACUUCAGACCAAUUCUUGUUGGAAUGCAAAUCUUGUGAGGAUAAUAGUGCGGGUACCAACAAUAUUAUACUGGAGCUGUCACAGAAGAUAGGGAACUUGGAAUCUAAAUUGUCUGCACAGACCGAACUAUUGCAGAAACUUCUGGAAUCUAAAAAUAUUCUAUAAAUUAAUAUUUUUAGGCGUGUAUCUUUUUCUUAAA